UUUACAUCUACAUCCUCCCGGUCUCGCCUCCGCCGGCGACCUCUCUCUUCUCUCCCUUCCUGCGUCGAAGGCCGGCCUCCGGCUACUUCCGCGUCGACGCCCAUCCAUGGCCAUGUUCAUCUGGGCGCACACAUCUGCUGUGAUUUCUCAUCCAGCCUCAGAUCUUCUCCCGUAUCUAACUUCCGUGAGUGUUUAAAUAACCAAAGGUGUUUGAUCUCUCAGCAGUGGAAGCCUGCGAUUUCUGCUGUACGACCCCUUUCAGUCUCUGUUCCUCUUUGUCUAUUCUUCCUCUAAUCCACAUUGAAAGGUUGUUGAGGCAUAGAAGGAAGAAAUGUGUACCAUUAAUGAGUGUUGAAGGAAUAUCAGAUCCUGAUACUUUAGAUGAUUCAUCGAUAUUGACCAAGAGAAUUGAUGCUCCUUUGAUUGACGCCCUGAAAGCUACUGCAGAAGAAGAUGUCGCUUGCUUUCACUUCCCGGGACAUAACAGGGGGAAAGCAGCUCCAUAUGUAUUGUCUGAUCUUAUUGGUCAUGGAACUUUUACACAUGAUCUACCUGAACUCCCAGAGUUGGACGAUUUAUUCUCUCCAAAAGGUGCAAUUUUAGAUGCUCAGGUAAAAGCAGCAAAAUUGUUUGGUGCAUCUGAGACAUGGUUUCUUGUUGGAGGCACCACUUGUGGCAUACAAGCGUCCAUAAUGGCUACUUGUUGUCCGGGUGAUGUACUAAUUCUACCACGGAAUUCUCAUAUUUCUGCAACCUCGGGUCUCAUAUUGUCUGGUGCGAUGCCAAAGUACAUUCUACCAGAGUAUAGUUCUCACUGGGACAUUGCUGGUGGAGUAACACCAACACAAGUUGAGACAGCCAUAAAAGAAUUGGAGGGGGGCAGAAAAGCUCCAGCUGCAGUUUUAGUAACUUCGCCUACUUACCAUGGCAUAUGCUCUAAUUUGAGUGAAAUCAUGGAACUUUGUCACUCACGAGGCAUUCCUGUUAUAGUGGAUGAAGCUCAUGGUGCUCAUUUUCGGUUUCAUCCAAACUUCCCGAGCACUGCACUCGAACAGGGUGCCGACCUGGCUGUCCAGUCGACCCACAAGGUUCUAUCCUCUCUCACACAGUCGUCUAUGUUGCAUGGAUCUGGAAACCUUAUAGACAGGGAGAGGAUAACCAAAUGCCUUCAAAUUCUACAGAGUUCCAGCCCAAGCUAUCUGUUACUUGCAUCAUUAGAUGCUGCAAGAGCUCAGAUAGAAGAAAAGCCAGAUACAAUUUUUUCGAAUGCCUUGGCCUUGUCCUUGCUCGCAAAACAUGAAAUAAGAAAAAUUCCAGGGGUAUCUUUGCUGGAGUCCUCUUGUUUUGUCUCUGGUUUUCCGGCUAUUGAUCCCUUGCGCAUCACUCUUGGAGUAUCUCAGCUCCAUAUGUCAGGCUAUUUGGCUGACGAGGAACUCUGGGAAGGACAUCACAUAAUACCUGAACUCGUAGGAAGCAAAUCCUUAACAUUUGCUGUCAACUUGGGUACAACUAGGAAAGAUGUUGAGAGGCUUAUUUCCGGCUUUAAAACGGUUUCCAUUAAAUUCUUUAAAGGCAGCAAUCUACAAUCUGGUGUGGAGAAUGGAGUUCUAAUUCCAGAUCUGACUACAUAUGGUUCCAUGCAACUCAGUCCUAGGGAUGCAUUUUUUGCCAAAAAAAGGAGAGUAAGCAUUAGGGAAAGCCUCGGAGAGAUCUGUGGCGAGUUGAUAUGCCCAUACCCACCUGGUAUUCCAGUCAUGGUUCCUGGUGAAGUUAUAACCGACGAAGCUCUGUCAUAUCUGUUAAAUGUUAUGAGGAUGGGAGCUGAAAUCAGUGGAGCAUCUGAUCAUCGGCUUUCGUCAAUUCUUGUAUGUAUUGCAUCACAUAAUGGCAAGGUUGCCCAAGAAGCUUAAUAUCGUAAGGAUCCACUGUUUCAUUUGCUGCCAAAUUGUUGUCAUCUCGCAAGAACUCCAGCAACUUAACAGUGUGUGAAUGUCAGCCAUAGUUGAUUCAUUGUUGGAUAUCUCACGGUGCUUCAAGCGGCCUCUGUGGUACUGUGAAACCAAAGUCACUACUGAUGGAGAUAUAGGCAUGUAGAUCAACUUCCUGUACUCAAAGAGCGCUGUCUCGGUUCCUACCAGAGCUGAUGGUGUACAGGUUCUUUAGUAGAAUGACGAUCAAUUUUAUUCAAGCGAUCAGUUUAGAAAAUCAACUUCACAGAUGACUUUGUGCAUCAUUUUAGUCAUCAUAUCUUGCAUUAUAAUCCCUAGCACGCACAAGCCAUUGUCCACCAGACUAGUAAAUACACAAAUAUACAGCCAAUCUUGUCAUGCUAGUAAGCCACAGUAGGAAAUCUAAGGGUGGACAAUAAGCUUAUGUGUGUGCAUGCAUAGGUUCAUUAGUAGCUAAGCUAUACGAUAGAUGGAUGAAGUAAUUGCUACACUAUAUUUCACUCAGUAAAUUAGAGUAUUCAGUAGGAUGUUUGGAACAGUGUUGUCAUUUGGAAAGUUUUAUUUAUUAGCCCAAAAAGGCAACUACAUUGCAUUGCACACUA